GGGACCAGCACUCCAAAAUGAAGUUCAUGGUCGCAGUUCUGGUGUUUCUUCUGGCACUGGCCCUGGUGUCUGCUGGAAGAACCUACGGCGGUCAUCACAGAGGAUACGGUCAUGGAGGCUACGGCUUUGGGGUCGGCCACGGAGGACACAGAUACGGAAGAUCUGUCGGAUACGGAGGACAUCACGGCCACCACGGAGGCUACCGUCACGGAGCAGGACACCACGGCAAAGGGGGCUACGGCCACGGAUAUGGAGGACACGGAGGUCAUCGCGGUCAUGGAGGAUACGGUGGACAUGGUUACCGUGGACACCACGGGAGGUAGAGAGAAGACUUCUGAACUUCCCAAACAGAGUUCCUUUCCAGUUCCACGUGCCGCAAGCUCUGCUAAAUAUGAAAUAUA